UCAGAGCACAUGCAUGUUGUCAGGGCCAGCCUGCCCCGCCGCUCGCUCGCUCGCUCGCUCGCUCAGCUGUUACUCCGAGCUACCUGCGGGGGAACUCACCUUGACACUGCCUGGGGUGUCUUCCACCGGCCACAGACUCAGAAAAGUGGUAUUCUCUAACACCAAAGAGGAGAUUUCACUUUCUGGGGACAAUUUCAAGACCCUGAAGUAAAGGACACUGUAUUCCUAGAAAGAUAAAACAUGACAAAAAGCAACGGAGAAGAGCCCAGGAUGGGGGGCAGGAUGGAGAGAUUCCAGCAAGGAGUCCGCAAGCGUACACUUUUGGCAAAGAAGAAAGUCCAGAACAUCACCAAGGAGGAUGUUAAAAGUUACCUGUUUCGGAAUGCUUUUGUGCUGCUCACUGUCACCGCGGUCAUUGUGGGUACAAUCCUUGGCUUUGCCCUCCGACCAUAUAAAAUGAGCUACAGGGAAGUCAAAUACUUCUCAUUUCCUGGGGAGCUUCUGAUGCGGAUGUUGCAGAUGUUGGUCUUACCUCUCAUCAUCUCCAGCCUCGUCACAGGAAUGGCGGCCCUAGAUAGUAAGGCAUCAGGGAAGAUGGGCAUGCGAGCUGUAGUCUAUUACAUGACUACCACCAUCAUUGCUGUGGUGAUUGGCAUAAUCAUUGUCAUCAUCAUCCAUCCUGGAAAGGGCACAAAGGAAAACAUGUACAGAGAAGGUAAAAUUGUACAAGUGACUGCCGCAGAUGCCUUCCUGGAUUUAAUCAGGAACAUGUUCCCUCCCAAUCUGGUGGAAGCCUGCUUUAAACAGUUUAAAACCAGCUAUGAGAAGAGGAGCUUUAAAGUACCCAUCCAGGCCAACGAGACAGUCCUGGGCGCCGUGAUCAACAACGUGUCAGAGGCCAUGGAGACCCUGACCCGGAUCCGGGAGGAGAUGGUACCGGUUCCUGGAUCUGUGAAUGGGGUCAAUGCCCUGGGCCUAGUUGUCUUCUCCAUGUGCUUCGGGUUUGUGAUUGGAAACAUGAAGGAGCAGGGCCAAGCCCUGAGAGAUUUCUUUGAUUCUCUUAACGAAGCCAUCAUGAGAUUGGUAGCGGUGAUCAUGUGGUAUGCACCUCUGGGCAUCCUCUUCUUGAUCGCAGGGAAAAUCGUUGAGAUGGAAGACAUGGGCGUGAUUGGGGGGCAGCUGGCCAUGUACACAGUGACAGUCAUUGUCGGCCUCCUCAUUCACGCGGUCAUUGUCCUGCCCCUCCUCUACUUCCUGGUAACCCGGAAGAACCCCUGGGUUUUCAUUGGAGGUUUGCUGCAAGCCCUUAUCACCGCUCUGGGGACCUCCUCGAGUUCUGCCACCCUUCCCAUCACUUUCAAGUGCCUAGAAGAGAACAACGGUGUGGACAAACGCAUCACCAGAUUCGUGCUCCCCGUGGGGGCCACCAUUAACAUGGAUGGGACCGCCCUCUACGAGGCUUUGGCGGCCAUUUUCAUCGCUCAAGUUAACAACUUUGACCUGAACUUUGGACAGAUUAUUACAAUAAGCAUCACAGCCACGGCUGCAAGCAUUGGGGCAGCUGGGAUUCCUCAGGCGGGCCUGGUCACCAUGGUCAUUGUGCUGACAUCUGUGGGCCUGCCCACGGAUGACAUCACACUCAUCAUCGCAGUGGACUGGUUUCUGGACCGCCUCCGGACCACCACCAACGUGCUGGGUGACUCCCUCGGAGCAGGGAUAGUUGAGCACUUGUCGAGACAUGAACUAAAGAACCGAGAUGUUGAAAUGGGGAACUCCGUGAUUGAGGAGAACGAAAUGAAGAAGCCCUAUCAGCUGAUUGCCCAGGACAACGAACCUGAGAAACCCGUGGCUGACAGUGAAACCAAGAUGUAGACCAGCACAGGAGUGCUUUCUCAAGCACCAGGUGUUGGAAAAACUAUUCUGCAGUGUGUCCAUCUCAUUGAGUUCGCUCAUGCAGUGAACCCCUUCUCAUUUCCUCCCUACUCCGAUAGGAUUGGAAAAAUCCAAAAACAAGGGAGGGCACAUACAUACAUAGGUUUCAGACCACAUUUGGAAUUUUUAAAUCGCUUCAUAUUAUUCUUUCCAAGUAAGUUAUUGGAAUCAAACAUCGUUUUGAUAUUACAAAUUUAGAUGGCAAACAAUCCUAAGUGAUUGUUUUAUAAGUAAAAGCAUUAAACAAAUGAUAAGUAAAAAAAAAUUUUAGAAUCAACUUUCAAAAUUUAAAAACCCUUCAGAACACAAUUGAGUUUUAGUCUUAAAAACGUAACAACGUAAUGAGCGAUUAUCAGUUAUCUUUUGGGUAGCAGAGAUGUUUCCCCAUUUCGCCUGACACUUCAUCAGUACCAGGGCAAUGCCCACACGCACAGCCUUGAGGAAGAGCAGAAAGUGUGGUCUUGAGUGAGACUCAUCUCAUGCCUUGGCCUAAGUAUUCUCAUUCUGAAAAUGAGCGACUCCUUUAGACACACUGGGCCUCUCUAGCUGAGAUUUCUGUGACACCAGGAAGAUCCUGCCCUGUAUGACAUGGAGAUCUCAAAGAGGACACGUAAUAGAAAUGGAGAGUUCUCUUUAAGGGCAGGCUGUGUGUGGCUCACUAGGUCCUGGGUCCAAAAUGUUGGUUUUAUAUAAGUAGACAUGUGGAAGGCCAUUCCAGGAGUGGGAUUAUUUGUGGGGCCCCUUGCCUGUUUUUGUUUGGUUUGUUUUGUUUACCAAUAUUAGAAGCACUCACUUCUUGGGUAUUCUCCCCAAACCCAAGGGAUGGCUCUAAGAAAGCUUCCCGCCACUCCUCAACUGACAAUUAGAUGUUUAGGAAAUAAACUGAAGACUAGCAAUUAGCAAAUGUGCUCAUGGUCUUACUACAGAACACUAAGGAGCAGAGAAAGAACAGAGCAUGGCCCACAUUACAAAGGGAGGAUUCUUUAUAAAGAUCAGGAACAGCUGGUCUUCUUUCAGAGGAGUAAAAGGGAGAGAGACAUCUCGGCCCUUUUUGUUAACCUGAACACUUCAGGUCUUCAGUUUCCAAUCAGUCCCCAAAGAAAUGACAUAUAAUGCCACUUCUUUCAUACUUCAGAGUCAAACAAAUGAGAUUUCUGGGACAUAUCCACGAACUGGAUAGAUGUUCUCAUCUCUGAAAAUGUUUUCUAGUUUGGGGGAAGUUUUGUUGUUGUUGUUUUUGUUUUGUUUUACAAUUUAAACAGAAGUGCUUAGAACGAAAGAAACAAGAUACUUCUUUGUAUAGAAAUGGCACUUGGCAAAUGGUUUGAAAUUCUCAUCUAGAACGGAGUUCGCUUUAGCUUUGUUUGUGGCCCUACAAAAACAUGGUAGAUGAGUCAGCAUGAAAGUAACGUCAAUGAGGACACAAGAAAAGACAGCAGGGGCAUUACUUUCAGGCAAGGCAGCUCCCAAGUUUAAAAGAGAUUAAGUAUCUUUACCCCCUUAGGAAUAUUCAGUCGAAGAUACUCAUUAGGAGCCAUCAGAUAGUACCAGCUGCUUUAGUUUCUGACCGAAAAUGAUGAAUGGACAUAAUCAUGCUAACAAACUGAGUAUCUAGAAAUGCGUCUCCCAAUCUACAAUUAGAGAUAUUUUAUAGAGAUCUUGAGCAUUCCACGCAUAUAAAGGUUAACACUAGGCUAUGGUGGAGUAAUCAUUUAAUAACGGCAAACUCUGUUUGGGAAAUACACUACAGAAGUUAAUAUAUGUGGCAGUGUUUUUUAGACACUAGUAGAACAAAACUUAAUCAUGUCAAGUUAAUGCUGUUACCCCGUGUGAGGUUUUUUGUUUGUUUUUGUUUUUUGUUUUUUUGUACUAACCAUUUCUUAUGAAAACAGAUCCUCCAAGGUAAUCCCUUUGCCAGUCUAUCAGAGGCUCUGCCUACGCUUGCACCCACUAUG